AUGGCUACCCAGAACAACAUCGUCAUCCUGGGCGCCGGAGUCUCCGGACUCACCACGGCAUAUCUCUUAUCCAAGGAUGCCUCCAAUUCCAUCACCGUGGUCGCCAAGCAUAUGCCCGGCGACUACGAUAUCGAAUACUGCUCCCCAUGGGCGGGCGCCAAUUACGUCCCAACUGGAGUCCCCGGAAGCGCCCACGCCCGUUGGGAGCGAGAGACCUGGCCCGCCCUGAAAGAUCUGGCGGAGAACCACCUGGACGCCGGGAUUCAUUUUCAAGAGUCGACCGUGCAUAAGCGGCAUAAAGACCGCAAGAACCCGACGGGAACCUCGGAGAAAGAACCCUGGUAUAAAGACGUCGUGCCUAAUUUCCAAAGCAUUCCCUCCGACCAACUCGCCCCCGGAGUGGAUAACACAUUCAUCUACACCUCCGUCUGCAUCAACACAGCAGUCUACCUCCCCUGGCUAGUCGGCCAAUGCCGCCAAAACGGCACAGUCUUCAAACGCGGCGUACUCAAACAUAUCGCCGAGGCCGCAGACGCGCACCACAGCGGCCAAAAAGCCGACCUAGUGAUCAACUGCACAGGGCUGUCAUCCAAAAAGCUCGGCGGCGUGAACGACGACACGCUGCACCCGGCCCGCGGACAGAUCGUCGUCGUGCGGAACGACCCCGGCGCGAUGUUCGCGGGCUCCGCGGGCGACGAUGCACCCGAUGAGGGCGUCUACAUGAUGAAAAGAGCCGCGGGUGGCGGGACCGUCCUCGGCGGCUCGUUCCAGAAAGAUCAGUGGGAUCCGCUACCGGAUCCGAACCUAGCGGUGCGGAUCAUGAAGCGAGCCAUUGCACUGCGGCCGCAGAUUGUGCGCGAAGGACAGGGCAUCGAGGGGUUGGAUAUCAUCCGGCACGGGGUCGGUCUGCGGCCCCUUCGAGACGACGGCCCGCGCAUAGAAGCCGAUAAGAUCGACGGUGUUGCUGUCGUGCAUAACUACGGCCACGGAGGAUUCGGAUACCAGGCCUCGUAUGGAUGCGCGGCCGAGGCAGUUAGAUUGGCCGAGGAGGUGCUGAGGCAGCGGAAAGGCCGCGCUAAGCUGUAA